AUGUCGGAGAGUAAACUAUACAAUCGAAGCUGGCAGCGGAGGUCUGCUGCAACUCUAGAGAAACACGAUCGGCCAUACAAAUUCGAUCGAUCAAAGCUACGACCCAGACAGAUAACUCAAAAACCGGAUGACCCCGAGCUAUCGUUUGACGGGGACGAAACUUCUAGCGACGAAAGUGGUGAGGAUGGAGAGAGCGACUCGGAGGGGGAAGAUGACUCAAGUGACGAUGAAGAGGAAAAUGAGAAUGCAAACCCAUUUGCAAGUCGCCAAACCAGCGGCACUGCAACACGAGCCACUCUCUCCACAACUGGCACCACGACUAUCACAGGCAAUCCAUUUGCUAUUGUGACAGCUACUCCAACAUCAGGGGCUAGUACCACGAUGGUCACUGCCAACCCAACAUCGCAGAACUUUGUGCAAAGCACAGCAACGGCAGGAGCGCAAGCUGAUUCAGAGAUGUCUUCUGUCUCAAGAGGUGGCGAAAAUCACACGACCGCUAUCGCAUUAGGAUCUGUCCUAGGAGUGCUUUCCGUUGUCAUCGGUGCCUAUCUUCUGUUCCGAUUCUGCGCUCCAGUAAAGGCUCGAGUUGCCUCCUUCCGUGGACGAAGAGGCACCAGGUUAUUGGGAGAGGAGGGUGGCAUGCCUCAAGGUCAAUUGGGUGGAGGAAUGGUCCAGUCUGGUGAAUUUGCUGCAAUGAACAGAUUCCGCUACUCCAAGGCUGCAUCAUCGAUAGCCACUCCCGCGCCAUCCUAUACUCGAGACAUCGCUGUGGCUAUGCCAAUUACUUCUGCCCGAGCACCGGCGCCGAUCUCAAUUCAUUCAGCUUCACGUGAUGACGAUACUAACAACCCCUUUUCAGACCGCGCAAGAAGUAUGUCACGCAACAAUAGUCAAAGGUCAUAUCGGAGCCAACAACGGUCGAUUCGAAAUAGUGGUGCGAGCGACUAUGAUAAUCCCAGACCUACCACCGAUAUGCUUGGUGAACAGGGCACAUAUGCAUUCAACUUCAGCUUCGACGAUUACCGCAAUUCAGGCACGGAGAUCGGCCCAACAAGGUUGACCAACAGUACACCACCCGCCACAUCGGGCCGUGGUGCUAACUCACGAAGCAACAGCGUCAAGAGAUCAAUCGCCCCAUAUCCUCCAGGGCUUGGCCCUGGACUGGGAAUCGAAUCUAUCCCAUAUGCAUCCCCGUCGGAGGUGGCAACUCCAAGGACUCAAUAUAUGCCCCGACAACGUUAUUCAGUCACUCCCUCGGAGAGUGUGUCUAAUGCACCUUAUUCACCUCUACCAUUCCCCGCCGGUCUAAUGCCUGUUAACUCGCGCUGGAGCAAGAACUCUUCAAGUGUCUGGGCCAAGCCUACAGAAGUCAGCCAAGCUGAUCUGCCGGCGGUUCCCACAAGAGUGGUCUCUCGACCUCCACCGUUGCCCCUGUCGGUCAGGUCAUCGACUUCUUCUCUAUCAUCUCAAUUGUCCAAAGGGAGCAGGCGCAGCCCCCAAGAGACCUCUGCUCCCGAACCCGACCAGAGUCCCAUUGACAAGCGAAGCACUCUUGAGCUUCCUUCCGUUCCACGAUCAAAGACGGGUUCCACAAUCAUUGGAUUGCCAUCAAGUGUGCGGCCAGUAUCUAAUGCCAGCUCCGGCGUGACGUUGAAGCCUCUGGCAUACCAUCCAUAG